UCGACAUAGGCGUUCAGUAGUUGCCAGUUCCUGUAUGACGUUCUUACCGGUCGCACUCUGUUCGUCGUGCUUGUGCUGUGCGAUUUUUUUAUUUUUAUGCUCGCUUGAAGUUUUUUCUAUACUUAACUCAGGCCUUCAGUCACAUAAAAAUAAUAUCGUAUUUUUUUUUUCAAAAAAGAAAAUAUUUGUUGGUUUUUUUUUUUUAUUCGAGCAAGACGUUUUGUGAAUUAGUGUGUUCGGAUCGUUUGGCCGUUUACUAUGGCAAUCAUGGAUUCUAAUUCGGAGAGCAAUCAGUACCAGUACAUACAAGAUACUUCUUUAGCUUCGUUGGAUUCCAAGACAAGCCCGCUAGCCAUGUUGGUGAGGACCUGCAGCCAGAUCGGCGCCGACCCGCCGAUGGCGGCCGCCGCAAAGUCGAAAAAACCCGCGGCCGCCGCUCCCGUCUCGGCCACGGCCGCCGCCGCGGACCGGCCGCACAGCGCGUCACCGGCCUCCGCCGCCUCGGCGUACUUGGGCCACUCGGCCGCCAAACACCACCGGAACCACAACAACAACUACAUGGAAGAGCCUCCCAAACCGGCAAAGUUGAACUUUAAACCGUACGAGAACACCGUGUUGACACCGUCGCCGCAUCACGCCGUGCAGCAGCACCAUCACUCUUCGCCCUACGGUCUGAACUUGCAUUCCGGCCACAACAACAACAACAACAACAACAACGACGACGAGUGCCGGCCCAAGAGCAGCAGUUCCGAAGACAACGGAAGCGGUCACGGCAAGAAGCGCAAGUCCGCGUCGCCGCGUGACGAGUACGGCGCGCACCACAAGAGCAGCCGUCGGUCGUCGUCGUCCGCUUCCUCGUCGGAAACCGCCGCGGCCGCGUCCACCGCUUCCGCCGCGGCGGCGUCCGACCCGUCCACCAACCCGAUCAUCCGGUCCGGACUGGAAGUGAUGCACGGCGCCACGGCCAAGGCUUUCUGCCCGCCGCCGCCGAUGCCGGCCCACUCGCCGUACAAACCGGACCCGCUGGCCGCCUUCCGGCACACGUACCUGCCCGGCGCCCCGUGGAUGCCGACCGCCGUGUCGCUGGCCGCCGCCUCGGCCGGAAAACCGUCGCCGUCCGACUGCAAAGACCCGAUGUGCGGCGGCCCGGCUUCCGGUUGCGGCCAACAGCAACAGCACCACGCCGCCGCCGCGGCCGCGCUGGCGUUCGCCACCCAAUACCACCCGAUGAUGGCCGCGGCCGGCGCCUGUCCGGCCGGUUGCGUGCAGUGCGACCACCAGCGGUACCUGUCCUCGCUGAUGGCCGCCGCUUCCGUGCCCGCGUUCUACGCCCCCGUCGCCCGCCCCUACACUUGCAGUUGGGUGAUACCCGGCGGCGGCCACAUGCAAUCGUCGUCGCCGACCUCGGCCGCCGCCGCCGAAGCGGCCGCCGUGCCGUCGCUGUGCGGCAAGAGCUUCAGCACGUCCGACGAACUCUUGCAGCACAUUCGCACCCACACUUCCGGCGGCGGCGCCGGAAGCGCCGUCUCGUCCGCGGCCGCUUGCAUGGCCGCCGGCGCCGCGGGACCGAUGUCGCCCACCACGGCGGCCGCGUUCUCGGCGUACAACAGCCACCUGUCGCGGCACCUGUUCCACCACCCGUCCGCGGCCGCUUACGGCAAACCGCCGCCGUCCAUGAUGCCGCCGUCGCCGUUCAGCGCGUUCAACCCGACGGCCGCGUACUGUUACCCGCCGCCGCCGCCGUCCUCGGCCGCGGCGGCCGCUGCGGCCUACCACCAUCACCAUCACCAACAGCUGUACUCGCCCCGCGGUGACGCGUCCGCGGCCACGGUCAGCCGUUAACGAGACGACAAAAAUCAUAUAAUAUUAUUAUUAUUACAUCGAUAUAGUGACACUGUGAUAGCGCUUAUAAUGUUAUAAUAAAUCGUCCGGUCGAUUUAUAUAUUAUGUUAAAUUUCUGUCCGUCUCUGCAGCCGAUCGUUUGCGGACGACGAGUUUCGUUAUACGUUUUAUAAUCGUCGUCAUUUUUUUUGACGGAGCACGUCCACCGACUUACUAUAUAUUAUAACGAUAUUAUUAUAAGUAUGUUUUUUUUGGGGGGGGGGAGGGCAACCCGCGGGAAGUCCGUCUCAUGCUUGUGUUUGCGCGCCCGUGUGACCGUGUACGCGCGUAUAAUUAUAUGUGUGUAUAAUAAUAUUAUUAUAAAAUAUGUGAUGUAUUUUAUUUAAUUUAUUAUUAUUGUUUCGUGUAAUUGUGUCGUACCCUCCUCGCCGGUCUCGCGGGAUGCGAUGAUUUUUUAUUUUUAUUAUUAUAUUGUGUUUUUUUUUUUAAAUUUUUUUUUUUUCGUUAAUUAUUAUUGUAGACGUCGCAUCAUGCAAUGCCACCACACCGACACUAUAUAAUAUGUAUUUUAUUGAUUUACGAGUUAUUUAUUAGUAGUAUUCUCUCUCGUUUUUAUUUUAUUUUAUUUUUUUUUCAUUUUAUUACGACCUCGUUGUUAUUUUAAUUUAAUACCGGCGGCGUGUGUGAUUUAUCGUCGACGUUUUAUAUUAUACACACCGUAAUAUAUUAUAUUACAUUAGAUUAUUAUUAUUAUUAUUAUUAUUUACCUACUUGUGUACAAAAUAAUAUUUGUGUCAAAAAUAAACGUUAAACUAAAACGUAA